GGAAAUGCCCAGCGACUCCCUGGGCACUCAGCUUCCCUUCCCAGCGGGGCAACUGGUACUGGGAGCCACUCCCUCCCCUCCCCAGCCCAGGGCAGGGCAGGUUGGUUCUUGGGGACACAGAAGUCCUGGGGGGUGACCCCCAAAGGGCCCGGCAGGCGGGUACAGGAGGCCAAAGCACGUGUUUGGGCCAUGGGCAACCUCAUAAAGGUAUUGGGCAAAGAUUUCGAAAACUGUCCCCACUUUUUCCUGGAUUUUGAAAAUGCGCAGCCCACAGAAGCUGAGACGGCCGUAUGGAACCAGGUCAGCGCCGUGCUGGAGGAGGCCCAGGGCAUUUUGGCAGAGCUGCAGUCCUACACCGGCGCAGGGCAGGAGAUUCGGGAGGCCAUCCAAAAUCCAACUGAUCUCCCGCUUCAGGAGAAGGCCUGGAACGCAGUGUGCCCGCUAGUGGUCAAGCUCAAGCGCUUCUACGAAUUCUCCCUUCGACUCGAGAACGCCCUAAGGAGCCUCCUAGAAGCCCUCACCAGCCCCCCUUACGCCCCAACGCAGCACCUAGAGAGAGAGCAAGCCCUCGCCAAGCAGUUUGCUGAAAUCCUCCACUUCACGCUCAGUUUCGAUGAGCUCAAGAUGACGAACCCCGCCAUUCAGAAUGACUUCAGUUACUACAGAAGAACCAUCAGCCGAAACCGUAUCAAUAACUUACAGCUGGACGCUGAAAGCGAAGUCAACAACGAAAUGGCCAACCGAAUGUCCCUCUUCUAUGCAGAAGCCACCCCCAUGCUCAAGACCCUAAGCAAUGCAACCACCAAGUUCGUCUCUGAGAACAAGACGCUCCCCAUUGAGGACACUACAGACUGCCUGAGCACCAUGGCCUGUGUCUGCCGAGUGAUGCUGGAGACGCCGGAGUACAGGAGCCGCUUCACCAACACGGAGACUCUGCUCUUCUGUAUGCGCGUCAUGGUGGGCGUCAUCAUCCUCUACGACCACGUGCACCCAGUGGGGGCCUUUGCCAAGACAUCCAAAAUUGAUAUGAAGGGCUGCAUCAAAGUUCUAAAGGACCAACCUUCCAACAGCACCGAGGGGCUGCUGAACGCACUCCGGUAUACCACCAGGCACCUGAACGAUGACACCACCUCCAAACAGGUGCGAGCCCUGCUGCAGUGAGGCACUUCUGGGGAACGGUCCGGGAUCCAAAGCCGCAGACUUCAUCUUGACCUUCAGCUGAGUUAAAAUGUUGCCAUAAUGUGAAUAUAAAAAACCAUGACCAUAUUUCUCAUUUUAUAAAGGGAAAAGUUUUAAAAAGCCAACACAAAAGCAGUUCACCACCACCACCACCUCCAGCUUCUCUUGACCGCCUCCCCUCCUGCCUGUCUCCCCCAGUCCUGAUCCCAUUGAACUCCAGGGGUGGACAGCCGGCCCCCACCCCUUUCCCCCAUGAAGAUGAUAUGACUAGUUUUUGCCUGCUUUUCCAGGAAACUGAGGGAAGGUGUCUGCCAGCCUCCGCUUGGCCUUUCCCAGUUCUCCUGGACCCAUGAUGGUGAUUUCCACGUUAUAAAAGGCCUGGGUGCUCUCUCACAUUUGGACUGGUACUGUCCAGGGCCUGGGCAGUGGACCUAGCAAGACUCUGGCCUUGAGGCUUUGGGACUCUAGUCUGGGCUUGAGUUGAAGUGUGUGUGGGAGGGAAAAAAGUCUUCCUUAUUAAGACCAAGAGAUGUUCAUGUAAAUAAGGUAAGAGAGUCCUAGAUGGGGUCAGCCUACCGAUAACCAGCCUUGUCUUUAAAAACUCCUACCUGGACUCCAGGGGAAAUGGUUCAGCUACAUCUUUUAGAUUUUUAAUAUAAACUAUUAAAAUCACUCACCUGUUGUUUUGUA